AUUUUUUUUUGUAAUUGUUUGUAAUGUUUUGGGAUCAAUUUUGUCAACAUUGCAAACAAUUUUAAGGUGAUAUAAACGUUUUAAAAGAAAAAUAUUUAAUGAAAAAGAAGAUGAAAAAUAAGUUCUUUUAAUUAUAAUUUUAAUUAAUACUAGAAAAAAAUUGGUCAAGUAAAAUAAACAAAGACAAAAUGUCGGAUAAAUUAAACUUAGAAGAGGAAGUUUCGUCUCCGGAUUUGUUUUCGGACUCGGAUCCCGGAUUAAAUGAAUCUAAUGUUUUUUCUUUUAAUAAAGAAGAAGAGUUAGUUUCCAAUGAAGCAAAUACUUCGAAUUCUUCACCAGAAUGGAAAGGAGUCAGUCUCGAUGAAAUUUACAAAGGUCGAAGACCAUUUGAAUUCCAAGAGUUGCCCCAAAUACAUUCUUCAGCAUCACAUACUGUUUUAUUUGCGUUGCCAAUACCAGAUCAUGGAGUUCCGAAAGCAUAUCCAGCGAAUGCUAUAGACAAAUGGUGUACCGGUUUUGUUAGAAUGCCCCAUUCUACUCAUAGUUUAUAUUCGAUAGAAAAGGAAGGUAAAAAGAAAGAAUUACGAUGUCGAUGGGAAAUAAUUCAAGAAGCGCUUCUACAAAGUUUUACCUCAAGCUUUCAAUUGGAGGCGGCAAUUUUUUCCUACAAUGAUAAAUACGCUCAAAGAUGGAAUUUUUCAGCUUUACAUCAUUUUUUUUCCGAGGUUGUCGAUGAAGAUGAGUCAGAGGCAUUUUUUACAGGACUAUUGCCAAAAAUAAUUGCAUUGGCUCUACAAUUGCCUACUUUAAUAACAGGGGCAAUUCCUCUAUUAAAACGUCAUACAAAUGCAUCGAUAAGCUUGAGUCAAAUACAAGUUGCAUCCUUGUUGGCUAACGCAUUUUUGUGCACAUUCCCAAGGAGAAAUUCCACAAAUCCACAAUCGGAAUAUGCCAAUUAUCCGCAUAUUAAUUUUAAUAAACUUUUCUCUGCCUUUAAGGAGAAUCGCCAAGACAAGUGCAGUUCAGUGUCGGAGAAAUUGAAAUGUAUUUUCCACUAUUUCAGAAGAGUGACAACAAAAGCCCCUGAGGGUACUAUCACAAUACAAAGGAAAUACAUUGCAAAAGAAGAAUGUCCCCGAUGGGAUCGACAAUCAGAAAAAUUGCCCCUGUUGCAUAUUGCAAGCAAUGGUACAAUUGAAACCGAGGGAGCUGGACUUCUUCAAGUCGAUUUUGCCAAUAUGUACGUUGGAGGCGGUGUUCUUGGCUGGGGUUGUGUUCAGGAGGAAAUUCGUUUUGUUAUUUGUCCCGAAUUAUUUGUGACAAUGUUGGUAACGGAAGUGCUCGACGAUACGGAAGCAUUGGUUAUUAGUGGUGUUGAGCGAUUUAGUAAAUACGAAGGUUAUAGUAGUAGUUUCAAAUGGAUUGGAGAUUUUGUCGACGAAACACCAAGGGACAAUAGUGGUCGUCGAAAAACAUCAGUCGUUGCCAUUGAUGCCCUAUUUUUUAAGCAACCCAGCAGCCAAUUUAAAAUGAGUAACGUUAUUCGUGAACUCAACAAGGCUUAUAUUGGAUUUAAGAGUAACAUUACUCAGAAAGAAAACGUACCAGCUGUAGCAACCGGAAAUUGGGGUUGUGGCGUUUUCCACGGAAAUCCACAAUUAAAGGUCUUAUUGCAAUUAAUGGCAGCAGCUUCCGCGGGUCGAAAUGUUGUUUAUUUUACAUUCGGCGAUGCUGAAUUAAGGGACAGUGUCUCUGACAUGUACUGGCAUUUAGUCCAGCAAAACAUUGACAUUGGUCAAUUAUUCUCUCUCCUCUCACAAUAUCAAGAAUCAAUGUCAAGAUCCGAUCGGGAUUUUUAUCGUUUCUUAUAUAAUCGAUCAAAAAUGAAACCAAUUACAAAUUACUUCAAAAAAUUGAAUACCCACGUAAAAAAUGUGAAGACACCGGAGAAAAGAAAACGUGAAAAUAGUUUAACAUCACCUGAACAAAAUGAAAAAAUUAAUGACGAAAUAAUAGCGAAAUGGAUUGAAAAUGAGGACGCAAAAUUGAAAAUAAUUAAAAUCAAUUCGAAAGAAGAGAAUGAAAUAAUAAAUAAUGACAGUGAGGGGAAAAAAAUUGACUUCCCAUCGAGGAAUAAUUCAAAUGAAACAAAAGUUGAGAAAAUUAUUAAAAAACCAAAUUGUAAUCAAGAUUCUGAUACAAAUAAAACAACAUCAUCAUCAUCAUCAUCGUCAUCGUCACCAAUAAAAAAGAAACUUUCACUUUGGGAUUUACCAAUGUACGAAGAUUCGAAGAAAUCGAAUAAAAAUUCAGAAUCAAUCUCUGAAUUGCAUAAUUCAAACGAGGAGAAUCAAUUGGAAAUUAUUAAUGUCAAAAAACUGGAUGAUAAAACAAUACCCAGCGUUAAGAAUGAAAUGAAGAAAAGUAAAUUGGAAGAAAUUGUUGCAACGUCAACUAAAAAGACACUCGGACAAAGAAAGAUAUCGGAUUUUUUUCUUUAGAAUUUUGUACAAAAAAAAAAAACAUUGAAAUUUAACUGUGAUUUGUAUCGAUUUUUUUUUGUAAAUAAAUGUACCCAUAUUAAUAAUAAAAAAAAGAAAAGUAUAAU